AGAACGGUGGUCAGUGAUGUUUCCUCCUUUUGUUUCUUAUAGAUUGACGUAUUGAAAUUUGAAAUUAAAACUCUGCAAAACAAGAGGGCAUAGUCAAGUAGGAAUAUAGCAACUGGCAAAUCAUGGGCCUCAAGAAAAAGAUGUUUUAUAGAAACUGCAAACCUCUUGCAGACACUAGCUUUUCGAAAAAAUUGAAAAAAAAAUUUACUUCAAUCAGAGUCAAACACCAAUUAGUUCUUCCGGAUGCAGUCAAUGCUAAAACAUUUGUGAUGCGUCAUCAAACAUCAAGGCGUCUGCAGCAGCUAUGAUUUCACCGACCUUUUUCAUAUGAAUCAAAAAAAGUUUUGUAUGUUAAAGUUUUUUUUUGUAAAAUCAAUAUAAAAUGUUUGGCUUGAACAA